CCGGUGCGCCGGAAGUGUCGCAGUGUUCCUCUCGAGCUCCGCUCCCGGCAGAACUGAUAGUCAUGGCGGCAGGGCAGAUGCUGAGUGCUGGGGCCGGGCCGCUGACCGGCGGGAAUCCUGUGGAGAUGGACUGGAUGAGCCGGGAAGUGACCACCGGGACGACGAUCAUGGCGGUGGAGUUUGAUGGCGGUGUGGUUAUGGGCGCUGAUUCCAGGACAACUACCGGAGCGUACAUCGCCAACAGAGUCACGGACAAGCUCACCCCUGUACAUGACCGCAUCUUCUGCUGCCGCUCCGGCAGCGCCGCGGACACUCAGGCCAUCGCCGAUGCCGUCACCUACCAGCUGGGAUUCCACAGCAUUGAGCUGGGCACCCCGCCCCUCGUCCACACAGCGGCCAAUCUCUUCAAGGAAAUGUGCUACAAGUACCGCGAGGAACUGAUGGCCGGGAUCAUCGUAGCCGGAUGGGACCACAGGAAGGGUGGGCAGGUGUACACCGUGCCCAUGGGAGGGAUGUUGGUGCACCAGCCGUUCUCCAUAGGCGGCUCUGGCAGCUCCUACAUCUACGGCUUUGUGGAUUCUACAUAUAAAUCGGGAAUGACGAAGGAGGAGUGCAUGAAAUUCACAGCAAACGCUUUGGCGCUGGCGAUGGAGCGGGAUGGAUCCAGCGGAGGCGUCAUCCGUCUUGCCGCCAUUACAGAGGGCGGUGUGGAGCGUCAGGUGAUCCUUGGGAAUGAGUUGCCCCGGUUCCCUGUGUCGUGAUGUCGCCCCGAUCUCCCCUGUGCUCACCCUCAUACUUUUGUUACUAAUGAGAUGAAUAAAUCGUGAUGUGACGGAU